GGACUCGUUCAAAUUUAAAGUCUUAUUCGGGUUUACUAUCAUACCACAUCAAAUAAACAGAAUAUUAUCAGUCUUUCUCUAAACUCGCGCCGUCUACCAAGCGACACACGGACGGUGACGGUCAUGGCUGAUGUUUUCCUCAGCCUGUCGAGGAAGCGCCGUCCGUACUGUGAAGAUCAAGCAACCAGGAAGUGUCCCAGCGAUUUAUCCGUUGCUCUCAGCAGUGUCUGUUAUGAAACUACUGGGCACCGCUGUAGGAAAAGCGACCGGGCUGUUUACUGUGGCGAUUGUUGCCAUUGCAGCGGUUUUGAAUUACUUGGAAGAUCCCGACCCAGUCAAAUACACAAGCAUGACGGAGGACAUGAAGACCUUGGAGGACAAUUUCAGGCAGCAGAACAGAAGCUGUUUCAUCCUUGGUGCCUCUGGGGAAACAGGCAAGAUGUUGCUUCAAGAGCUGCUGGAGCGCAACAUCUUCUCCAGGAUCACCCUGAUCGGAAGGAGGCAGCUCGCCUUUGAGGGCAAAGCGUAUGAAAACCUGGUACAAGAGGUGGUGGAUUUUGACAAGCUUGGAGACUAUGCUGCUGCCUUUCAGGGCCAUGAUGUUGGCUACUGCUGCCUGGGAACAACCAGAGCAAAAGCAGGAGCUCAAGGAUUCAUCCGCGUCGAUCAUGACUAUGUUCUAAAAUCGGCAGAGCUCGCCAAGUCAGGAGGCUGCACGCAGUUCCACCUGGAGUCCUCCAGAGGAGCCGAUAAAAACAGCAACUUCCUCUACCUCAAAGUGAAGGGGCAAGUGGAAGCAGAUAUUGAGGUGCUGGGUUUUGACAGAUAUGCCAUUUACAGACCAGGGGUUUUGUUGGUAGACCGACAGGAGAGUCGGCCAGGUGAGUGGCUGGCCAGGAAAUUCUUCAACGCCAUGUCCGCUGUUUGUUCUACAUCCAUGGCCAUCCCUAUCCAAAUGGUGGCAAAAGCAAUGGUGUCAAACACUCUGCUUCAACCUGAGCAGAAGACGGAGAUCCUGGAGAAUAAAGCCAUCGCCAUACUGGGAAAGAGUGCAGGGAAAUGAGAGAGAGCAGGAAAUACACUAAGUUGAGGACAAUAUUACUUGCUUACAUUGAUGAAAUGGCAGAUUUCACUCUUGUGUUAGACACAAACAGAACAGACUUAUAUUAGAAUUAUUUAUAAGCAGUAAGUAUAUUCAUUCAGUUUCCAAAACAAAGCACUUGUUAAAACUGUUGGUUGGUAAAGCAUCUGCCACUAAAGUUUUUUAGCCUUCAUCUCAUGAUAAUCAUUCAGGAUUCAAUUUCAUGUUUUGGCAAGGCCCUCACAUGGCUGUGGUAUUUUUGUCUUUUGUUUUUUUUGGUGAAUUUCCCCAUUGUGGGACAAUAAAGGAAAUCAUAUGUUAAAGAUUUACAGGAUGAAAUCCCCCAGAGAAACAAGUCUUUUUUCUUUUGCUCUAAAGCUUUACUACACAGAGUUAACUCUUUGGGGAGAUGAACUGACAGUCUGUGUGACCUCUGACUUCACUGAUUAUUUCAUUUUUGUUAUUUUGAGAUCAUUUCAGGUGAUAUACAAACGACCUCAUGCUGCAAACAUUCAUCACGGCAUUACGUCAAAGGAUUUUCACUUCAGGCCUGCGCCGUAAUUUCCAUUAAAUUAUCCAUGAAUUUUAUUGUUGUCAGGAAACCAAAAAGUGUUUCCAUUAAGAUGCUUCCUGUUGCGGAACCGCUAGAUUCUUUACAGAGCAAACGUUCUGUGAAGUUAGAAAAUAUACAUGUAUAUAUACACACACGAAUGUAAUAUUUUCAUCAGGGAACUGUUGCCAAACUUUUUCAUGUCCACCAUUUGUUCGUUGGUAACAUGCACUGAACAACUGCCUUAAUGUUGUUUCAAAGUUCAUUUGACACUGGAUUAAACUAUUGAAUGUAUGUGUUUUAAUUGAAUUAUUAUAAAUAUUUAACUGUUUGUUUGAUGUAGGAAAAUGUUUCAAUAGUGGUUGUAUCAAUAUUCAUAUCUGGUGUCUAUAUAUAACACACACACACACAUAUGUGUGUGUAUAUAUAUAUAUAUAUACAAUAUCUCUGCUGCUGCAAGUGAUGUGGAGGUAUUUGUUCAUUUCAGGAUUAAGAUUAUCUGUAAUGUCAGUUGAAUAUAUGAAUUUAUAUUACUGCAGUGACAUGAUUAAUUUUAACUCGUGAUCCCUCAUUUCUUUUUUGCUUAAUGUGUUCUCUUUUGUAAAAACAUCCAAGUAAAACUUCACAUCUCAGCAAUGGCAAAUACCCACAAUGCUGUCAAAUAAAUAAUAUAUAAAUAAUG